AUGGCUGCGAGGCCAAGGGAGACGAACAUGUUCCUCGUGCAUGGGAAAAAUGGCCUGUUCGUCAACAGUUGCGCUCCAGGCCGUCGCACGGAGACCCCCACUGAUUAUUCGGCAGAUGCCAAUGAAAGCGCUCGGUCGGACAGCGCCACGCCGUACUCCAGUGUCACGGUGUGGUCGUUGAACCGUUUCGCGCGGCACUAUGCGCGUUCGCCGAACAACAACGUAGCCAUUGUGGAUGAUCGCUUGGGUCUUUCAAUUUUGCACGUGAAAGGCAACACCCCAUCUGAUUUUUCAUUUGACACGCUUCGUGGCGUGGGCAAGUACCGCAACCUGUACACCCCCAUCGGGUGCAAAAACAUCAAACACCUGCAGUGGUCCAACAAUGGCGUCUACCUGGUGAUCUACUUCAACCUGAUCAAUUGCUCCAGGGAGACCGGUCUGUUCCUGGAGGAUAACUUACACAUCUGGGACAUUUCUCAGAAAUCCAUCGUGGGCAGCUUCAGCACGCGCCGCUUGUCCCCCGAUCAGUGGCCUAUAAUCAAGUGGGUGGGCCACAGCGACAUGUUUGCGUUCUGCUACGGCCAACAGGUGUCGCUUUAUUCAAUCACGUCUUCCGAGAACACUCCGUUGAAGAGUACCCGUCUGAUGCACUCCAUCCCAAUCCCACGCGUGUUUUCUGUGGAAGUUUUUUCACCACAGUGCACCCCUUACUUUUACGACGAGCGCAUUGGUGGGGUUGCUGGACAUGAGAAGAGAGGCGACGUGUUCCCGGGAGGUAAGGCGAAUCACACCGGUGGGCUGUCUCUAGGUGAACGUAGUGGAACUGAUGCAACAACUGUUGGCAGCCUGGCUGGGAGUUCGGAUCGUGAUGAUGCAUCGUCAGUUGCACCGGGGGAUUUGUUGGGAUCGGUACCCGACUCCAACACUGGCCCAGCCGGUGCCAAGGGGAUCAGUGUCACGUCCCCCCGCUCCAGCGCGGCAUUAGAGGGCAAAACACUUGCCCGCAUUCGGGCGGAUGCCAGAAACAGCAUUAUAUCUCUGGCAGCUUACACCAAGGCGGAUGUUAGCACCCAGAUUGCUGGCAACUUGCGCAUCACCACCAUGCGGUGCGUGAAUGAUGAGCUGACGCAGCUCUGUACCGUUGACCACGAGUUGAAAACCGAGGACUCCGCCGACAUGUUCUGGUCACCCUCUGGGCGUUCUCUGUUGGUGCUCGGUCAGUCAAUUGUGGAUUUGGCGGGUGAGAAGUACGGUUCAACCUCAAACUGCUUCUUGUUCCGUGCGUCAGGUGAGUUCGUGUGUCGGGUGAACAUUCAGACCACCCACGACGCACGUUGGUGCCCUACGCGUGACGAAUUCAUCCUGAUGGAGGGCAACAUGCCGUGCGACAUCACGCUGUACAACUCCGACUGCGUGCGGUUGUUCACGUUCCCCAAGUCCUACAGAAACACGAUCAAGUGGAACCCCCUGGGGAACAUGGUUGCGCUGUGUGGAUUUGGUAACCUGGCUGGCGAGAUUUGCUUCUGGUACCGCAAGGACGCCCGUGACUACGAGCAGAUUGUGCACCUGAAGGAACCAUGCACCGUCCUGUCCGAGUGGUCCUCCGACUCCCGUUAUUUCAUGGCUGCAUCUACCUUCCCGCGCAUGAAAGUGGACAACUUUUUGAAGAUUUUCAGCCAUGAGGGUGACCUUUUGGAGAGUCAGAAGUUCGACGAGUGCUACGGCGUCUGUUGGAUGGACUACCCGCGUUCCGAAUGGGAGUUCGUCCGCCCCAACGUGCGCCAGAGCUCGCAGCGCAAGGCUGUGUACCGCCCCAAAAUUCUGCCCAAGGAUGACCUGCCGAGACGAUCGAGUGAGGGAUAUGGGGUGCGCUCGCUGUUGGACACCGAUGUAUUUUUCAGGGAUGGCAAGGCCAGCUCCGGGCCGUCACUGUCUCAGGACGGCGUUAGCGUGCCAGUCGCCGCUGAAGGUCCCAGGGACCACUCAGUGUGGCACUCGCUGCUCAACACCAACGGUCUUUCAAAGCCGCCGGGUUCGGUGAUGCCGCCGCGCGGUGGCCGCGGCAGGUCGUACCGCGGGUCUCUGUUCUCCAACGACUACGGAGACAAGAACGACCCAACUGUGGAUCUUAUGGACGCUUUUCGGCACGUGUUUUCGCUCUCCCAAUUCCGGCCUCCUCCCCAUCCCGUGUCUUACGAGAAUGUGAACCCGCCGCCCGUACCGCGUGAGUUCCCGGGAGGCGACUACGCCGCUAUGUUCUCGGGCAAGCGCAUGCCCUACAACGGCCGAGGCGGUGCUGGCAGUGCCAGCUCCGGCCCGGAUGAGGCCUCCAAGAGCCUCUCCAUGUUGAUGCGCAUCAAGAGCCAGAUGCAGUGCGAGAAGUCGAAGCCGCUGCAGCAGACGGUCCUUGACGAGGUCCAGCUGCUGAAGCUGCUUCUAGAAGCCAAGAAUCGUUCCAUCAACCGGACUCGCGCAGACUAG